AAGUCAAAAAGGAUUUGAAUCAUUUAUAAUAGUUUAAUUUCUUUCCGAAUAAUGCUUUCUUCAACUCAUAUAGUACAGAAGUAUCCAAUUUUUGUAUAAAAUCCCAGGAGGCAACCCAUCUUGUUAGUAAACAUCAUGGAAAUUUUUCCAUCUUUCCAAAGUUUGCUGUUUACUUUGGUUUCAUCACUGACUUUGAUAAUUUGUAUCAAAUGGAUUUCAUAUUAUUCCAAUACAAAGAAAAACUUCCCACCAUCUCCGCGAAGGCUUCCGAUUAUCGGAAGCCUCCACAAGCUAGGCUCGAGCCCUCAUCGCUCCCUUGCGGCCUUGUCCCAAAACCAUGGUCCAGUCAUGCUCCUUCACCUUGGUAGUGUACCCACGAUUGUAGCCUCGUCUUCUGAAGCAGCCCAAGAGAUCAUGAAGACCCAUGACUUAUCAUUCGCUAGUCGACCCAACUCGACUAUCCUAAACAUCUUGUUGUAUGGUUGUAAGGACCUGGCCUUUGCGCCUAAUGGGGAAUAUUGGAGGCAGUUGAAGAGCAUUGUAGCAACCCAACUUCUAAGCAAUGCACAAGUUAAGUCAUUCCAACACGUGAGAAAAGAAGAGGUUGGCGAUAUGAUUGGUAUGCUUGGAGAAGGUUGUGGUUCUUCGAUUGAUCUUACUCCGUUGUUUGAUUCUCUUUCGGAAAAGGUUAUGUGUAGGGUGGCUAUUGGGAGAGCAUAUGAUGGGCUGAAGCUCACAAACCUGUUAAAAAGGUAUCUAACCAUGUUUACUCGUUUGAGUGUUGGGACUUAUAUUCCAUGGUUGUCGUGGGUCGAUCGAGUCAGUGGUUUACUCGAUCAAGCCGAAGAUGCAACUAAAAAACUAGACGAGUUUCUUGAAGAUGUUAUUGAAGAACAUGUGAACAAGAAAAGAGGAGAUGGUGAUAGAAAUGAUGAAGGGAAAGAUUUCAUUGACAUCUUGUUAAAUGCCCAAAAGGAUAAAACAAACGGAUUUAGCUUUCAAAGAGAUACCAUAAAAGCUGUAAUCAUGGAUAUAUUUGGUGGUGGAAUAGAUAACACAUCAACAAAUCUGGAGUGGAUAUUGAGUGAGCUAAUAAAAAACCCAAGAGUAAUGAAAAAGUUGCAAAAUGAAAUAACAGAAAUAGCACAAGGAAGGUCCAUGAUUUCCGAGGAAGAUUUGGAGAAAAUGCCGUAUCUCAAAGCCGUUGUAAAAGAGAACUUGCGAUUGCAUCCUCCGGUUCCACUUCUUCUUCCUCGAAUCGCAACACAGGAUGCCAAACUAAUGGGAUAUGAUGUUCCAUCUGGCACACAAGUUCUGGUCAAUGUUUGGAAAAUUGGAAGAGAUUCAAGGUUAUGGGAGGAACCAGAAGAGUUUAGACCAGAAAGGUUCUUGACAAACGCCAUCAACUAUAAAGGGCAUCAUUUUGAGUGGCUUCCGUUUGGUGCUGGUCGAAGAACAUGCCCUGGUAUUCUAUUUAGUGUAGUUAUUCUCGAGCUUGCAAUAGCAAAUAUUGUGUACAAGUUUGAUCUAGCAUUGCCAAAUGGAGUCAAGUGUGAGGAUUUGGACAUGAGUGAUAAAUAUGGUAUUACGGUCCAUAGGAAGUUCCCAUUGCUAGUUGUUGCUACUCCUAGGGUCUAGUGCUUGCUUUAAUUUCCAUGAUGCUAAAUAAAUGUUUUUUCUUUCAUGCAAUAACUAGAAAUUAAGUGUCA